AUGCUGGGUUCAUUGCAUGGGCAUAUGUCAACAGUGGUUCCAAGUGCAUCUGGUUGUGGCUACGGAUAUGGCUAUGGCUCAGGCUCAGGCUCAGGCUCUGCAUAUUUAUCAUGUGCAUCACCACCAGCGAUGAGCCAACAGCAACAAGUGUGUCAUCGUGAAACAAUGGAAGUAUCGUUACAUAGCUAUGCAAAAGGUGCUUUUGGAUUGGUUUUGCAACGACAGCAGCCAACAGCAACAGCAGCUGCAGCUGCAGCUAAUCCUGGUGGAGUCGGCAUCGGAGGAUCCGCUUGUUGUUCCACACCAAUGCCACUCUUCAUAUCGUACAUCGAAAAAGGUUCAUCGGCCGAAAGGUGUGGUGUCUUGCAAGUAGGUGAUCGAGUUUUGACUAUUAAUGAAUGGUAUACGGCAAAUGGCACUGUUGAAGAAGCAAAUCAUAUAAUGCGACAUUCGUCAAGUCCGCUCACUUUAACUGUUGAAUUUGACGUUAUUGAGUCUCUUCUACCUCCGAACGGAAUUCUGAAUGUGAAGUUGGCAAAACGAGGUAAUAAUUUGGGUAUCGUAACAAAAAGCGAGACCGAUGGACGCAAAGGCGAACCGGUCAUUAUAUCUGAUAUCCGAACGGGGAGUGUUGCGCAACGAUGUGGUUCGAUAAGUGUAGGUGAUCGUAUAUUAGCAAUAGAUAACAUUCCAUUGGAGUCGUGUACCGUCGAAGAGGCGAUGCGACUUCUGCAACGUUGCGGUGAUGUCGUCAAGUUGCGCAUUCGAAAAGCCAUUUUGCAGGAUGAAAAUGAGAGUUCGCAUACGGUUGUGUACUCGAUUGAGCUCAAUCGUAAAGGACGUCCGAUGGGAAUAACGAUAGCCUCAAGGGGUGAGCGUGGUGAUCCGGUUAUCAUAUCGCAGCUGGCACCUAGGGGCUUAGCUGAGAGGACCGGAGCACUUCGUGUAGGUGACCGUAUAUUGGCGGUGAACGGUGAGUCAAUUGAAGGAAAGAAAGUAUCGGAUGCGAUGCAUUUGCUGCAACAAAGUGGUGAUAUUGUUACUAUCAAGAUAUCUAGAUAUAUUGAUCAGAAUUUUAAUCACCCAUAUUCCAAUUCGUAUUACCCGUUGAAUAGUUCGAGUUGUGGACGAUAUCGAAUGAUGGGUGCUGCUGCUAUACCUCAAACAAUACAUUCCUCCACUGGGCAAGUAACAGAUUCAUAUAACGAACCGCCCGAUAAACUUGGGUAUGGGACACCGAUUCAAAGUAUCGAUAGCGCAGUUGAGAGUUUAGAGGACUCGCCCGUGCAACUGCAACAACACACCUCGAAAUCGUCGUCUGCUCAGCACCGCUUCAGUGCAGACGAUCGUAUUAGUAAUGUGCAGCUGCAGUAUUUAUGUGAAGAUGAACGAAACAACGACUGGUCGAAUAUAAGAGAUACAGCUGCUAAUGAUCAUCAUCACAAUACUACAGCUGAUGAUAACAGAAAUGAAAUCAGUAAUCAUAAGAAUGGCUGGGAUAGUGGUAUGAGUUCGACAACAGAUAAUAAUUAUUGUAUGAUGAUGGAGUGUUGCUCUUGUCAAAAUGCAACAACCAGUAGUAGUGCAGCUGCAGCUACUGAUGACUGGGUAAAAAUAUUGGAAGCACUGGAAACAGUGGGUGAGGCCGAAAUGCUAAAGAAACUUGAGGACAGCAUCAUGAGUGGGGCGGUACCACCACCUCAACUGAAUAUGCGUCCGCAUGCUCUUGGACAUGCAGCCACAUCAUCUGGAGUGACGGCGGCGACUACACAAGCCGCAGGUCUAAUCAGCUCAAGUGGGGGUGGUCUGCUCUCACCGUGUGCGUCAAUUCUCGGACGACAACAACCCCCUUUCACCCCUUCAAAUACGAACACAAUCUUAAAACAUCCUCCGUUAACUGGCUGUGCUACCUCGUCAACUACCGCCCAACUAUCGUCUAGACCAUUGAUGAGUGGAUCAGUUGGUUCAGAUCGAGGCGAUUCGUUGAGCGUUCAUUCGGGUGAUUCGUUGACGGGUUGUUCGCUAUCUUAUGAGAUUCCUCCAUCGAUGCCACCGCCGAAACCACCUCGUUAUGAGCAACAACAGCAGCAGCAGCAGCCGCUAGCACAAGCCGCAUCAUCAUCCGCAGCAACAGCAGUAGUUGGAACCGGAGCGGUGGUAUCGACAUUGCUUCAACAACCGUGUAUUUUAAAUCCACUUAGUGUACCACCUGUCGGCGUUGCUACGGCUUCAGAGACGCCUCUUUUCACGCAAUCCGCCUCUUAUGCAAUCAAUUCACCGAUGACGUCGUCGUCACGGAAUUUGCUGAGCAAUCGAUCAAUAAAGCCGUCCACAUCGGGUUUAAUGUUGCAUGAAUUGAAUGCAAAAACAGAUUAUUUUAAAGAGGCUGCAACAAGCUCAGUGAUUGCUGCUGCUCCAUCAACAGCAGCAGUUACAUGCACUGAAAAACAACCAAAAGGUACAACGCAUCGAGUGGUUUUACAUAGGGAUCCCGCAAUGGGUGGUUUUGGUUUUAGUGUAUCAGACGGGGCCGGUGAUAAUCCAGGUGUCUUUAUAAACGCCAUUCUGCCCGGUGGUCCUGCGGAUCGCUCAGGACAAAUUCAACCUCUUGACAGGAUUUUGCAAGUGAACGAUACAUCGUUGCAAUUUUUGGAUUGCGAUUUGGCAGUUCCACUGUUGAGCGUUGAUCGCAUAGAGCUGUUGUUGUAUCGAGACGGCACAUUGAAUUGUAUAGACGAGGUGGACGAAGCCAUCAAUAAUACUGCCGCGUUGAAUAGGUUUAAUCUGAAGGAUUCGGCGGUUUGA